UGAAAACUUCAACUUGGCAAUAAUGAGAAUUGUAUCUUUCAUGUUGGUUGUUCUUAUUUCAAUGCUCUUUAUCAAUGAAAUAAUGGCACAAAGUACUGGAAAAGGAUGUAAAGUUCCUUCACAAUGCAAACCUCGUAAAGAUUUUGAUCAUAUUUGUUAUCACGGAGUUUGCCAUUAUUACCCUAAUUGAAUCAAUUGUAGCAAUUUUUCUUCAAGAAAAUAAAAUAAU